AUGUGCCUGGUUCAAGGUCUUGAAUUCAUCACCGGCGUGUCCUGGGUCCUGGGUCCCUGGUCUCAGGUCCGACCACUUUCAGCCUUUCAGCAGGUACCGGUACCAGCGACGGUGGCUUGCGCUAACCCUCGUGUUUGUGGCGUCGACCAACCAGCAUCAGGGGAGACUAUGCCACCAGCUGAAGACGAUGCAAAAGACAAAGAGGCCGAUAUUCGUCAUUUAGCGCCCGCUGCCAAUCCACCCCACUGGCGCGCCUCUGCUCACCACCCCCCUUCGACGCUCAAAAUGGCUCCCGCCGAUCACGCCCUCGAUGUCCGCAAAGCCAUCGCCAUCGCCAUAAGGCAGGCCACCGGCGGCACUGGAGCGGCCGCCUCUGGUGAGAGCUCGUCUCAGACGCCCGGCAGCACGCCCGGCAGUGCCCAGAACAGCAGCAGCCAAGCUACCACCCCGCCGGCAGCCUCCUCCACGCCCAGCGCCGCGCCACCUGCCUCGUCCCAGCCGCCGCCGUCGAGCAGCAGCGCUCCCCCGCCGUCGAGCUCUGCGCCUCCCCCCUCGUCUUCAUCGGCGCCGCCUCCUGCUUCGUCUACGCCGGCGCCGUCGCCGUCGCCCACCCCGAGCCAGACUCCGAGCCCGUCCGCGUCCGUUCCAACCACGACCGCCAUCGUCACCAGCACAGUACACACGUCGGCUCCUGUCGAAACCACGACGAUCGAGACCAGCCUCCCCCCAGCCGAGACGUCGACCGUCAUCGUCACCUCCACCACCACCGCCAAGGUGUCCCCGACGUCCACCACCUCCUCCACCCACACCCCGACGCCUGUCUCCGGUGGCAGCGGCGGCGGCGGCGGUCUCAGCUCCUCGGGCAAGGUCGCCGUCGGCGUCGUCGUGCCCAUUGCCGCCAUUGCCAUUCUCGCCGUCAUUGCCCUAUUCUGGUGGCGCAAGCGCAAGGCCCGUCUCGAGUCAGAGGAGGAGCGCCGCAAGGAAGUCGAGGACUACUCGUACAACCCCAACGCCGACCCGACCAUUCCCGCCGUCGGCCUCGUCGGCGGCGCUGCUGCUGGCGGCGCUGACAAUGGCUACGAGAUGCGAGAGGACGCCUCGGGUGGCUACCGCGGCUGGGGCUCGACCACGGCGGGCGGUUCCGUCGGCCGCAAGGCUUCCACCACACUCUCCAACCCAGCUGCCUUUUCCGACGCCACCACGGCCCGCGGGCCCCUCGACGGCCAGCACGACGGCACCUCGUCCCAGGAGGGCGAGAUUCUCGGCGCCAUGGGCCCCUCGGCCGCCAACAACCGUGCCGACGUUCGUCGCGGGCCCUCCAACGCGUCCUCGUCGUACAGCGCCACCGGCCGUUCCGAGGGCUCCGACGGCGGCCUCUACGGCGGCGGGCCAGCCGCCUACUACGACCAGUACAGCCAGGGCGCCUACGGCGACGGUGGCGCCGUCAUUCGCGAUAAUCCCGCUCGACGCAACACCCAAAUCGAAAACACGUCCCACUUCCCUCAGCAGAGCGCAGGCAUUGCCCAAAAUUUCUAA